AAAUUAAUUUUGCUCCAUUUAAAACAAAUGAUAAAAAUGCGACUUAUCCUACUUUUGAAACCGAAACGUCGUCGUUUCUUUCUUUCGCUUUCGUCGUUUUAACACUUAACACUCAAACGAACACGGAGCUUCUAUCACUUUUGCCUCGCCGGUAUCUAAAUGUCGAACACCGUCGAAGAUGACGACGACGACUUCCAGAUCCCUCCUUCCUCACAGCUUUCGAUUCGAAAACCUCUUCACCCAACCAACGCUAACAACAUCUCUCACCGCCCUCCUAACAAAAAGCCCAGACUCUGCCGUUACCCGGGUAAAGAAAAUGUGACUCCGCCUCCUUCUCCGGAUCCGGAUCUCUUCUGCUCCUCUUCUACUCCUCACUGUAUCUUAGAUUGUAUCCCAUCUAGUGUUGAUUGCUCUCUAGGAGAUUUCAAUGGUCCAAUUUCUUCUCUUGGUGAAGAAGAUAAAGAGGAUAAGGACGACUGUAUAAAGGUGAAUCGUGAAGGUUAUUUGUGUAAUUCGAUGGAGGCUAGGUUAUUGAAAUCGAGAAUUUGUCUCGGGUUUGAUAGUGGAAUCCAUGAGGAUGAUGAAGGUUUUGUUGAGUCUAACUCUGAGCUUGAUGUGUUGAUAAACCUUUGCUCUGAGUCUGAGGGUAGGAGUGGAGAGUUUAGUUUAGGCAAGGAUGAUUCAAUUCAAUGCCCAUUGUGUUCCAUGGAUAUUUCAUCUUUGAGUGAAGAGCAGAGGCAAGUUCAUAGCAAUACUUGUCUUGAUAAGUCAUAUAAUCAGCCUUCUGAGCAAGACUCCUUGAGGAAAUGCGAAAAUUUGUCUUCUCUUAUAAAAGAAUCGAUUGAUGAUCCAGUUCAGCUUCCUCAGCUAGUUACCGACUUGUCUCCAGUGCUGAAAUGGCUUAGGAGUCUAGGUUUAGCUAAAUAUGAAGAUGUUUUUAUUCGUGAAGAGAUCGACUGGGAUACCCUUCAGUCACUCACUGAGGAGGAUCUUCUAAGCAUAGGUAUCACGUCACUUGGUCCCAGAAAGAAGAUUGUGAAUGCACUUAGCGGAGUUAGAGAUCCCUUUGCAUCUUCUGCUGAAGUGCAGGCACAGUCUCAUUGUACAAGUGGCCAUGUUACAGAGAGACAGAGAGAUAAGUCAACCACUCGUAAGGCAAGUGAGCCCAAAAAACCAACUGCAAACAAGUUGAUUACAGAGUUUUUCCCUGGUCAGGCUACCGAGGGCACUAAGAUCCGGACAGCCCCUAAACCUGUCGCAGAAAAGAGUCCAUCAGAUUCUAGCUCUAGACGUGCUGUGAGAAGAAAUGGCAACAACGGAAAAUCUAAAGUUAUUCCACAUUGGAAUUGCAUUCCGGGGACACCUUUUCGAGUGGACGCAUUCAAGUACCUCACACGCGAUUGUUGCCACUGGUUUCUUACACACUUUCAUCUCGAUCAUUAUCAAGGUUUGACAAAGUCAUUUAGUCAUGGGAAGAUAUACUGUUCCUUAGUUACCGCAAAGUUGGUAAAUAUGAAGAUUGGGAUACCUUGGGAGAGACUGCAAGUCCUGGACCUUGGCCAGAAGGUUAAUAUUUCAGGCAUUGAUGUGACAUGCUUUGAUGCAAACCACUGUCCGGGAUCCAUCAUGAUACUCUUUGAACCAGCCAACGGUAAGGCUGUUCUACAUACGGGGGAUUUCCGCUAUAGUGAAGAGAUGUCAAAUUGGUUGAUUGGAUCGCAUAUCAGCUCUCUUAUUCUUGAUACUACAUACUGUAACCCCCAGUAUGACUUUCCAAAGCAAGAGGCGGUAAUACAGUUUGUUGUUGAGGCUAUUCAAGCAGAAGCAUUUAAUCCCAAGACCCUUUUCUUAAUUGGAAGCUACACCAUCGGAAAGGAGAGGCUGUUCUUGGAAGUUGCACGUGUGCUACGGGAAAAGAUAUACAUCAAUCCUGCGAAACUAAAACUCCUCGAGUGUUUGGGAUUCUCAAAGGAUGAUAUACAGUGGUUUACAGUGAAGGAAGAGGAAAGCCACAUUCACGUUGUGCCUUUGUGGACGCUUGCCAGUUUCAAACGGCUGAAGCAUGUAGCUAACCGAUACACAAACCGUUACAGCCUUAUCGUUGCAUUUUCUCCUACUGGUUGGACAUCUGGUAAGACUAAAAAGAAGUCCCCAGGAAGAAGGUUGCAACAGGGUACAAUAAUAAGGUACGAGGUUCCUUACAGUGAGCAUAGCAGCUUCACGGAGCUAAAAGAGUUUGUGCAAAAAGUGUCACCUGAAGUCAUCAUACCGAGUGUAAACAAUGAUGGACCUGACUCUGCAGCUGCAAUGGUGUCUUUGUUGGUUACGUAGAACUGUGUUUACAUCUGCGAUAAGCUUUGCAACAAAAAGGCAGCCUCCUUGACUACCAAUUGAGCAGAGACGUCAAAGAUCUACAACGAAAAUGGAUAUGUUAUGUUCUAUCUAAUUGUAGUUAUGUAACCACAUGAUUAUGUAGUGUUUUUCAUCACAAACUCCGAAUGCAUUUGUUAUAUCAACUACUUUGGUCUUUACUUAUUUCCACUGAAGAAAUGCAAGUUGCAGACUAAAUCCGUAAUAAGAGACCAAGCUCAUGGAAUUGUUGAGUUUGCU